AAAUUAUGAUAUUAUAAUGGCUAAUGGCAUUACAGUCAUCAUAUUUCGAGAUAUUUUUUUUUGAGUUGCCGGAUGUAUAUAGUGUACCGAACAGUUAAUUAAAAUAACUAAUAACAGAGAUGAUAGUUUCAUGUAAUAUUAUAUACAAAUAAAACGGGAUGUUAUGUGUAGGUGCUGCUAAGUAUAUUUUUAAACACGGUGAACGGUGUUUGUAAUAAUUUUUCCUAUAGUUUAGAAGCCAACUGGAGAAAUAAAGUUGCAAUGUAAGAAGGGUUGGGCUUCAUGGAGGUUUAAUUAUAGAUCUCUAUUUCUCACCAAAUAGUAUAUAAUAUAUAGUUAUUUUAAAACCGUUCUACACCGUCUACAGUUCGUUUACUCGUGUCUUUGAGAGCAUAAUAUCAAAAACCAAAUGACACAAACGCUGUAGUGAAGUAGAUACCUACGCCGAUACGCUUAAUACAAUUAAUCAAUAAUAUUGUUGUAUCUAGCCCGACCUGCCUACUAUUGUUUUUACAUAAUAAAUAGAUUCGACAAAAGGGGAUGCUAAAAUGGUGAUAUUCAACGCAGAAUACAUUCCAGAAUAUAAAUGGAUAAUGCUCGAGUCAAAUUCCAAUAGUAACAGCACUACCAAUAAAGAAAUAAGAGCUUUGAAAUAUAAAACCCAAAAUAACAUUCCAAAACAGGAUCAUCAUAAUAUUGAAACCGAUUUUCAAUCAAUAUUUUAUUUAAUCAAUUUAGUAGAAAAAAUGAUAAGAUACAAUAACAAAUAUUAUGAGAGAAUUGAAAAAAGAAGAAAACAACAAAUUAUUGAAUUACAAGGGUUAACUAUGUUUUUGCAAGAUAUUUGUAAUGAUCUAAAAGAUCUUUAGAAUUUGAAUUUAUAGUUAUACAAUAUGAAAUAAAUUCCAUAAAGGCUUUUUAUGUUACGUUAAAAAAUUCUUUAAAUAUGUAAGUAAUUAUUAUGUACAUUAUUUUCGAAUUAUUAUGUUUUCAAAAUUAACAAUUUAUGUAUUGACAUUUUUGUAAAUAUAAAUCACUGAUUUACCAUGUUCUAUUUAUUUUUCUAACUUUAGUUUCUUUUUAAAUCUAAAAAUAUUAUAAUAGUAUUAAUGUAUACAUUCA